CAAUAGAUGGAAGCAUCUGGUUUCAUUCCUCUCUCAGUUCCGGUACCUUAAGCUUAAAGCCAGCUUCGCUAACCUUUCGUCAUUGUUGCAAAACGCCCUUCCACCUCCCAACCAUUGUUUCAGAAGGAAAAUCCUCCACAUUUUUCGAAGUUCACGUUUUUCAGGUCUUUCAAGUGUGUUAUCAUGGCAACUGAAUCAAAGGUAGCAACUGAAGAUGCCAAGGUUGACCUUUUUGAAGAUGAUGAUGAGUUCGAAGAAUUUGAAAUUGGUGAAGAGUGGGAUGAAAAGGAGGAAGGUAAAGGAGCAACACAACAGUGGGAAGAUGACUGGGACGAUGAUGAUGUCAAUGAUGACUUCUCUUUGCAGCUGAGAAAGGAAUUGGAGAACAAUAGUGAGAAGAAGUAAAUCUAGAAUCCAGCUUCAUCCUUUCCAUUAUUCCUUCUCUCUCACAAUGUGUUUCUGGAGGCUUAAGCUCUUUAUCUUCUAUAAGCAUCUAAUGAAAGUUUUAACUUUUAAGGUCUUGUAUUUUCUGACUGAAGUCCUCCAUUUUAAUAGAGUUCUCUUCAACUUUAGAUGCACAUGGCAAAGUGCCAACUGGCUAGUUGGUAAGCUCUCUGGCUGCUUGUAGCAGAGACUUAGGAUGAAUCCCGCCAGCACUGGGGUUGGGGAGGUCAUGGAUUUGGGGGAUGCCUACUCCCUUUGUGUUGUGUAGAUAGGAGAUUAAACAAAAACAACUAAUGUUGAAACCUUAAUUUACUGUCUGUUUCUUUGGAUCA